GUCGCUGCCAGAGAGCAGGGAGGGAGAAUUUGCUGAAUGGAAGACUAUUCAGUAAACUGAAAUACCUCACUGCAUUUUAAUAGGCCUUUAUAUCAUUUGAACAUAAAUGAGAACACUAGAAGAAGCCUGUACUUGUGUAUAUAUAGCAUAGUGCAUAGGAGCCUUAUCUGUCAUUGUAUGUCUCUUGAAGAGAGGUGUCAGUUUUUGCUAAACAUUAACGUGCUAAUUUGGAGUCAGCAGAGCACCAUGCAACCAAAGCAUGAAGUUGUAUUCAUCUUGCUUCCAAACUGUCUAAACAUACACCUCCAGCCACUCUGCUGAGGGAGAAGAGCCAUAAACUGACAUUUAGCAUGCUUCAAAGAAUGGCAUAUUUCUAUAGCUGUGCAGAGCAUGUGCAAAACAUUAUGAGCACUACUACCAAAACUAGAGCUAGGCUAUGCUCAGGCACCGAACCUCUUCACCCAUGGAAAGACACACUGGAAGCUGUUGUAGGGUUUGUGUUUCCACAUCUAGCCAAAGAGAGCACCAAAUACCACGGAAACAUCUUGCAUAAAUGUAAAUCCAAAGAGGGCUUCAGCAACAGAAGGUUGGCAGCAGAACUGCAGUAAAACAAGGCAGUCAUCAUUUUGCUUGCAUGUUAGCAUGUCAGUGGUUGGAUUCAGUGCUUUGUGUUGGUUAAUGACACGCUGCCAUUCUUCAACGUCCUGAUUAAACAGAUCCACACCACUGAAUAGCCGUACUGUGAAGUAAUUAAGGUACAAUUUCUCCCCUUUUUUUAAUAAAUGAAGACACAGAUUGAAAGACAGUUUACAAUGCUUAUUCAGCAUGAACAAAUCAUGUUACUGGGAGCAGCUGUUUACACUAGUGGGACUAAAUGUGUUAUCCUCAGGUCCUUUACAGCCUUCCCAAGUUCAUGGAGAGCCACGCUGCAUCAAGUCAUCCCAUUUUCCACCCUAGAAUGAAGCCAUUCUCUGCUAUAGUUGCACUGAACAUAGCAAGGCAUGAAGGGUCACAACUUAGUAUUGUUUAAAUGUGAUCUUACCAGCAAACGACAUAGAAGAUUGCACAAGUAAGUUUAGAUUGAUACCAAAAACGUUAAGUGAGGGCUCAGCUCUGGCUCUCUGCUGUGUUUAUUUGGGAGUAAGAUUUAUGCUCAGCAGGAAGCAAAAUCAGGAAUUUGGGAUGCUGGGACAGCAUGGUUUUCAAGUGCAGGAGUGCAAAGAGCUUGCAGGGAACCGUUGCUGUCUGUGCUUCCCGUCUGGCUCUGAUGGGAACUGCUGCCUGGUGCUGCCUGCUCCCACAUCCCCCAGCACCCAGACACUGAGUUCUGUUCACACACCAGUGAAAAGAGAAGCGAGCAAUGUGGUUUUCACGUCUCAGUGUCCUUUAUCUGCUUGGAGGUUCUUGUAGCACUCAAAAACUGUGCUGAGACCACCUGCUUUCACCUGCAGAGCAGGGAGCUGAUGGCACGUGCUGGCUGUGUGAGCGUGCUCUUUGCAAAGUGCUAAUAUCCAAAGCCCAUCCUGCAGUCUCUCCCUGCACUGCCUGGUGGGACUCAGACGAUCAUGGAGCUGAGCUGGCUGGCUGCUUGUAGUCCUUGAGCAGGAAAGGAGCCCAAGCUAAUAGCUCUGAUGACAAGUUCAAGUGUUUAAGCAGACGAUAGGCUCGAAAAAGGGUUGUUUUUUUCAGUGGAGCCUUUGGAAAAGAAAAACCAAACAAAUGAGAAUGGAGAAGGAGGGGCACGAGGACCCUGCAUCUCAUCAUCAGUUGGGUUUUACUUACAUCAGCAGAGCUUCUGCUUCCUCACCUCUGUUUUUUUUACUGCAGAAAACUCCCUCCUGCUUCCAGGAGCAAAAAAGCAUUGGCGUGACCUUUCGCAUCUGCAUCGUGCUCAUUGCCAUCUGCAGAGAGAUUUUAGUCAAGAUUAGAAAUACAGCUUAUUCCAUUAUCCUGGAACAAAAAUAGGAGACUCGAGCCACUGAAAACAGCUCUUCUAUUGCCAUUUUCUCCAUUAAGCAAUUGGUGCUGUUUAUCCCAAAGACACGAGGUUUAAUGAUGAGCAAAAUCCCCUCUACGCUCCUUAGUUCACACGAGCAGCAGAAAAUGAAUUGCUAUUUACAAAGCAUUGCAUGAACCCCAGAUAAGGUAAUAAAAGCAAUUCAGUUCAAGUUGCUUAAAUGAGUGGCUUGUAUAAGGUGUUUUCACCUGUUUUUUUCUCACUUAGCCAAGAGACAGCUUAGAUCUCUGUCUGAGCCAGCAGUUUCCCCAGGGAGGGGAUCUGCAGGGCUCAUGUUGUGCAUAUAGGAUGCUCUGUGAUUCAUCAAAAGGGAAGCAUCUUGGGUAUAGCAGGGGCUGGGGAUCUGAGAGCAGGAUGGCUGCGAGGAAAUAGUUAAAAAGAACAGGUAGCAGAAAGCAUUGCUGCUCCAGCGAGCAGAAGUGGAUCAGACUGGAGCAUGGAAUUAGCAUCACUCUUACUAUAAAUAGAUUUAUCUGGGCCAGAGGAAAUCUCGGCCAUUUUGGCCAGAACCACGAGUCACCUUUAAAUGAAGCAGAUCCUCCUGCUAAGAGAUGCUUCAGCCUGAACCACAACCAGGGGCUGGUGGGCAGAAAAUAGAGCAGGUCCUAUCACAAAGCCAGGGACACCUUCCAUGCCAUAUUCACUUCCCAUGACCUGCCUGCAGACCGGAUGGCAGCGAGGAUGCAGAGCUGCAGCAGUCUCCCUGCAAAGCUAAACUGAACCAACCACAGCUUCCUGUGUUGUCCAAUCUCCCAGCCAGCUGAGGGCUGCCCAGGGUGACAUUUGGCUUAACCCUCUCCUGCUAAAUGUUGUAUUUUUUAAAAAAAGUAUUGUUAUUUAAUGACAGAAGAGCCAAGGGAGGGGUUGGAAAGAAAUGAAGAGUAUAGAUCUAUGUGUAUUGUGUGUAUUCCCCGAAACAAGGAAAGAGCUUUAGGUGCCUUGACCCCAAACUUCCCCCCCAGUCUCACUCCUUGGGAGCUCUCCCAGCCAGGUGGAGCUGUGGGUUAGUGCUCACUUUGUGGCUGCAUUGACAGGUUCCCCUCUCCCUUUCCCCAGCCCCUCAGCCCAUCCUGGUGUUUGUCCUUUUGCAAGUUCUCUCUGGAUGUUAUGCUUUUCUUCUGAUUUAUGGUUUCCUGUGGGCUCGGAGGAAUGCGAGGCAGAAGCAGCGUUCUGCUUUGUCACUUCUGAGCAGAAAGGGAAACAGAGAUUAGCAGCAACAGCUCUCGGGUUUUGUGGAGGUUUGCAAGCUGACAGCAAAGCUUUCGGGAGGAGCAGAGCUGCCCUGUGAUGGGGCAGGGGCUGGCUGCCCUGCUUGGACACUGGGAGUGCACAGAGCUUGGCUGGAAUCAUUGCAGCCAUUGUCCCCACUGAGCAAGAGCACAGACCCAGGUCUAUGCUAUGAAACACAAAGAGCAACCAUCUAUUUCUCACUCCAGAUGAUUUUUAUUUUAGAUAGUCUGAACGUGCAGGAACCCUCCACAGAACAGAGCAAAGGCCUCAGUGAAGACUUGGCAAGCAAGCAAUGUGAACCUUCCCUUCUGCAGCAGAUCUGAGAAUAAACUGCUCACUGCACAAAGGGAGCCUUAGAAAUGUGAAGAUAAAGAACACAGAAACCAGGAUACUGUGUGUUAUUACUGCAUAUCCUCUAGGAGCAUGUGGUGUUUUUGUAGUGCAUUUUGGAUCAUCCCAGUGUCUGGGGUGGAGACGAAGCCCUCUUAGAGCGUGAGCUGGGAGAUGGGGUGAGUUGGGAUGGGGUGGGUUGGGAUACAAACUGCCUGGUUAGAGCCCAUAGGUUCGGGGCUGGGAUGAAGGCUGAAUGGAGUUGGUUGGUUGGUUGGUGUGUCACAGUCACCAGGUUUCAGGAGGUUUCUCUCCGUUGUUUUCCAAGUCAGGCUUGUGUGAUCUCAGUGAUUGAGAAUCCAGGGCUGUGGCUUGGCCUUAACUCAGCCUCAAAUGAGAGCCAGGCACUCCUCCCCAUACGAACUCCAUCUCCUCGGCCUGUUUCUGGCCACAGAACCCUACAUUCCCCCCAUUGUGCCUCCCCAUCUGUCAGACCUGUUGUGUUCUCCCUGCCUUUUGGGCUGGUGUGAGGAAUACUUCCAAAUGGGGAUCCUGCUAGACCCCUCAACAAGCUGUCCAUAGGUCAGGGUCUUUGAACACAGCCUUCCUGCUAUCACAGGCCACAAACUCUUCCCUUGCUGCCACUCUCCAUGCAAAGUACAGCCCCGAAGGGUGCCAAGUCGCUGUGGCUGUUGGAACAGCAUCCUUGGCCUGGCAGAUGGUUGGCUAACCAUCCCUAUUGGAUGCCUGUGAUGGCUGGUUAGUGCUACAGGUGGGACUGACAGUUCUUCCCAUCUUUUCUCCUGUUGUCUUAUAUUCUUACUUAAAGACCAAAAUCCAGAUGUACUGAGCACAAUUUAGACAGGGAAUGGGUUUCUUCCCAGCAUUACCUGAACCAUUUCAGCACGCUGUGUGUACGUGCUUAUUGUUGGGUCCAUUACAUACCAGGCUUGAGAACAUCUGGCUUUCUUCCCAGAUUCCAGUCUGGUGGCAAUACGUACAACUUCCAGCUUGCUUCUGUUGAUUACCUUUCAUUUUUUAGUAGAGGUUUGAGGUAUAUUUCUCUAGCAGUCAGUGCAGACUACUGAGAGAUUAGGAGGAUCGAUUCUGUUUCUGGCUUUUGUGUUGACUUCAUUGGGUCAUGUUACUUCUCCCAUGCCUCACUUGCCUUCCCUUGCAGUUUUCCUGCCUUAUCUACUUAAGCUCGCUGGAGCUGUGAUGGUCUCCUUCUGUAAGACUGUAUAAUUUCAAGUUCAUAGGGGUCUCAGUAUGCAUGAGGAAUGCAGUUGCUACAGCAGUGCCAACAUUAGUGUCCUUUUCUUGCCUCACUUUUCAAUGGGUGUGUAUUUUGUAAGCAUUAACUAGUAGCCAAAACGAGUACAGAAAAACGUAGCCUUUGGCUUGACUAGUCAUGUAAAGAUAUUAAUAACCACAAACACAAAGGGAAUGAUUAAGGAAUAGGCAGUGCUCCUAAUUGAAUGCUUCUUCCCCAUUCAUGGGAGGAAGGGUGUGAAAUCUUUCUUAUGCUUGCCAGCUCUUAUUACAGGAAUCAGUCAUUAGCCCCGUUUGUGCGACAAGUUAGUCUGCAGUGCCCUGCCAACUCUUAGGGCAGAGCUGGGUUUUCUUUGGGGCCCUGAGACGAUCAAGGAGUGCAGGUUUGCAGGAGUUUUCUGCCAUUUUUCCCCCCAUUUUUUUUUUAAUUUCAGAAACAGAAAGGGCUGAAAAAUUGAUCAAAGGCCAUGCCAUUUGCAGCCUACAGCUUGCUGUGUUAACUCUUGGCCCUACUGAUGGCAUAAAGCAAUCCGACCAUGCUGUCCUUCGAUGUGUGAUCUCUCCUAUGCAGCUCUGAGCAGGAGAACCUCUUUCCCGGGGAAAGGAAGCAGUUGUUAGCACAUCUGUGAUGUCCAGUGCUUUUCUGAAGGUUCUGCAGCCUUUCCUGGCAGCUUAGAGCAUCUCUGGAUGAUCCAGACCAUGCAAAUGAGGGCUAACAGAGUUCUUCCUACAGUCCUUUGCCAGACAGGGAUGUCAGAGGUAGGUAGAUCUGGAGGGUUUUGCAUGGAAGGAGAGUAAAACCUUCUGCCAGUGUGGUGCAGAGCAUCGUAUCUCACUGCUUGUCCUUUCAGACCUGUAGAGGUGGAAGGGAUGCACCUGGAUGCACCAAAUGGCUUUUGGCUUUUGGUCAUGUUGGUCUGUCUGACACAGGACAGAGGUCAGUGUGUUUGAAGAAUGUGAUAAGGUAAAUCGAAUUAAACAGCACUGGACCAAAGGAGAACACGUUAAAAUCUGCACUGGUAUAUCAGUGUAACUCCUAGGGGUUUCUGCAGUGGUAAUUAAACACCAGGCCAGGUGUUGGUUGUGGAAACGUGCUGAGUGCAUGCGUUGGGUUGGUACAAAUGAGAGCAUUUAGGCUGGUGGGGGUGGAAUUGAAUGUCUGAAAAGAAAGGCAGAACAUUCACAAAAAAAAAAAACAAGUCUCAUUCAGUCCUGAGUUUGCUUUGUGAUUUCCUUGUGAAUCAGGGAAGGAAAAGAGAGUGGGAGGAGGGGAGAGAAAAGAUAUUCAGAACCCAGUCCAAAAGCAACCCCACACCCCCAGGCAAUAUCUCUUAUUUAAGACAUUUGUUUCUUCUGGCAUCGGGAGGAAACCUUUCCAGACAUUGUCCUCUGAGAACUGUUCAGUAUUUGCAGUUAAAAGGGCAGUGUGUGUGUGUAAAUAUGUAUGUGCUGAGAAGGGGAAGGAAGAAAAAAUAACUGUUAUUGUAACGCAAAGGACAGAUUUUUACUUUUUGGACCCAAGGGUUCACAGUGAGCCAGGUAAAGGAUUUCAUUUCAUGGAACCCUUUGUGAUCUGCAGGGCUUUAACUGCACGGAGCACCUCCAGCUCAUCCCUGUGAUUGCCUUCUCUGGAGAUGGUGAGGGUUCAGUUAUGAUUGCCUUGGGACUGUGUAUGUAUUCCCAAGUGUCCAGAACACUGGAUAAGAAGAGCAGUUGUUUUCUUAUCUGUCUUUAUGCAUCAGUAACAACAUCUCUUCCUGUUCUACCAGGAGAGGCCAAGCAAAUUUCUUAAUCUCCCCUGCACUUUGACCUGGAGAAGGAGAGCUGAGCUGCUAGUGUAGAAAUGGUUUGCCUUGCAAAGCAUGCUGGCUGCAAGCUGCUCUUAGGUGCCAGCUUGGAAGACAUCCAGCAAGCACCUCAAGCCAGCCAGCCCGUGCAUUGUGUUCGUGCAGAGACCGUUGCAGUGAUGGGGAGACUGAGCUAAUCCAAUUGUUCUGAGCACCAGGGUGAGGGCUGCUGGGGGUUGAGAUGAUGGGCAUGUUCUCCAGCAAAGCAUGGCACCAGUAAGAACACAGUGCCACGGAGAAAGUGUCGUUCUGCUUCUUGGUAGCUUCUUGUCAAGGCUGGGGGCUAUUCUGGAAAAGAGGCUUUCAGCCAGCACAUUGCUUUUAAUGGCAUGCGUGGUCUUGCAAAUUAGUCAAAAAGCCAUAUUGGCCUUUAAAUCCAGCGUGCUAUAAUGUAUUGAGCAAAGGCCCAUUAGUGCCGUGCAAAGAUGGGGGGGCUGGGGCACAACCUGCUUUAGCAGAUGUGAAAGGAAGCUGAUCAGCUAAUCCAAAAGCACCUAAGACUGCCAUACUGCCCAUUGCCCUGGGAUCUGUGGCACGGCUUGUUUUAACCUGCACCGUGUGUGCAAACCGCCCAGCAGGAUUAUGUUGGAGGCUGCACUAAUUAAGGGAUUAUCUAAUGAAAGUGGUAGAUGCUCUCUCUGCCUUAGAUAACGGGACGCUGCUCCUUCUGGAGCCAAGAUGGAGAUCCAAGGGCUGCCACAAGCUCACGGGUGUUUUUUUCCCAUAUCGGUGCUGUUCUGAAGAUUGCUGUCCUCAGGGUCAAAGCAGCUCCUUCCCUCUGGAGGCACAGAAACAUUUGGCAGCGGCAGGUGUUGGCGAGGUGAAAUCCAUGGAUGGGAUCAGCGCUGUGUGCUUGGAGGCUGAGGAGGAGGGUGCUCAGCUCUGCCCCACUCCCAGCCCACGUGGCGGCCGUUUGUGUGAGAUGUCAGUGAGCUCGAGCUGCUCUUGGCGUGACUGCCUGAGAGCUACUGGCUCGGUGAUGCAAGUCAGGCCAGAUGGUCCCAACCAGCCCUGCUGCUGGCAGGCUGCGAAUCUGUGAAUUCCCACUUUAUUUUGCCAUCAAUUUCCAUGAUAAUGUUUCUGCUAGCAGCUUUCAUCAGUUCUCCUGCAGCACAGCACUCCUCCACCCACGGGAAGGUUGGGGCAGCGGGGCCACGGGCGGUUCAGCCCUUCUGAGGCAUCACCGAAAUGCCUUCAGCACCUUGAGUGCUCCCAAAAAGCUGGUCGUGACUGGGCAUGGGAUGGGGACAUCUCUCCAGGCAGGGAGAGCUGGGGACAGCAGGGCUGCUGUGGCAGAGGCCACAAGAGAAGGCCUUGUCUGAGGCCUCGGGUGGGUUGGGGGUGCGCUGUCAGGCAGUGCGGGAUGGUGCCGUGCCCUCAGAAUGGGCCCUGUGUGCUCCUCUGCUCCGUGCUGCUGGAACAAGGGCUGGAGUGUGUGUGGGCAUCUGUGCUUGGAGGUCGGGGGGAUAUUUGUCACUGCCACUGCACUGAAGGGACACCUGCCCUUGGCAGUUUCCAAAGUCGGCGUUUGUCUGAGCGGUUUUCCUGCCACAGUCCCUCUUUCUCUCUCAGUUGGCACUUCAGAGGCUGCCGAGGGACAAGGAGGCUUCAGAGCAAGGCCAGGUGCACGCUCAGCUUGUGGUGUGUGUGGAGCAGGAGGGGAGCAGGGAGCGAGGCCUGAGCCAGGACAGCCCCAGAGCUGGCUGUCCGGAACUGGAGGGACACCCCUGGAGACAGCAGAGGUUCCCAUCAGCUGGGAUUCUACCCACAAGAGGCCCAAAGCCCUUCUCUCCUCCUCUCUUGCCCUCCCCCUGGCUAGCCUACCCUUGCCGUGCUUUUCCGAGUUUCAAGCACACAGGCUCAGCAUCUCCAGCCAGAGUGCGUGUGUGUGCAUGCAGCUGUGCAUGUGUGGGGAAGAGUGGUUAUUUCGGGGUGAAAGAUUGCUCUGCAGCAAUAACCAUGGUAGACUAAACAAAAUCUUGCACACAUCUGCAGUCCAGCUACUUCUGGUUCCAGGCAGGAGCUCACACAGCAUAGCAGCGUCCACCUCACAUCUGCCAGUAGUGCUUUUUUUCCCCCCCCAAAAACAGUUUUUCUAUGGAAUUCCAAUGACUCGUAGGCUCUGAGUCUGCCUGCCAUCCCAGACAGCAGAAAGUUUUCUUCUAUGGCCUCAUGUUAUGGAUAUCACAUAGAUUGGUGAUGAGACACACAGCCUUCAUUUUAAUGGUCUGACUGAUCACUUGUCUCAUGUGAAGUUGUAGUUUCUGGUAUCGUGUGAUUGCAUGGGAUUGAAAGAGAUGGGAUUGUCACAGAGCAAUGCAUUUCCACAGACAAGGACAGAUAUGGUGUCCUUGCAUUAGGCAAUACCUGGAAUGAAAGAGAUGCAGUCCUCCAAAAUACUUUGCCUUUAGUUUCCUGCCUGGCUUUCCUCCCUUUUCAUUUGUAUAAAAGCAUAGUAAACAUAUUUCUAUUUAGAGGAGUUUGGCAACCUGCAGCCUGACCUACUGUGACCUGGGAAACAGCCCUUUUCCUCACUUUGUCCAGGCUAGCCUGGGAUGCUCAGCUGUGAUGGAGACACUUGCUUAGUGCCUGGCGUUUCUGUUGGGCUCUGGUUUGUUGGUGUGCACGCCUCCUGUGCCCUGCACCAAGUGCUCUUUGCUAAGCAAUGCAGACGGAGCCAGCCUACAAAAACUGUGCAUACUGCACAUACCUGGCUUAGCAAGAGGCACUCCAGGUCUUUCAUCACACGUGUUUGGGACAGCAAGGCAUCCAGGGGUUCAAGCAUAGCUGCUUGGAGCAUUAACUCCCUAGUUUACUCUUUGCUGGUGUAUCUCUGGAUCUCGUUCAUCCUACUGGCCAUACCAGUGCAACUGGUUUAACCAAGAUAUUUCUUCAUUCCGAUUCCUGUUCAGCAAACUGUUCUAACUUAGCAAGUCAGGUAAAGCAUAUUCUGAGCACUAGGCAUAUUCAUGAAAUCCUAUUGAAUUCUGUGGGAGUGAGUUUUAAAAUCACAUAUCUGCUUGAGGUCUUUGCAUAUGCACGGGCUUCAAAUCUUAGCUGGCUCAGGGAUGUUUCCCCUGAGCCUUUGUCAGCUUAGGCCUUGAUGCUAAUGCACCUUGGUAGCUUUCUUGCUGUAUGACAAUUACCACCAGGACUCAGAGCAGUAGGGCUCCAUCCAUCUCUGUUCGGCGGUGUUCUUCCAGUUGCCACACUUCUUUCCCAGCCUGCAGUGCUGAACGGGAUGAACAUAGACAAGACCCUUUAAGUUCUACUGUUUCUCGUUUGUAUUGGACUGAGGGUAUGCCAUCAGAGCAUCUCAGAGCUCCUCCCUGGCAUCAGCUCAGUCUUUGGACUCCUUUGCAGAGCAGACAAGAACUGUGAGCUCUGGUUUCUCAGGAGCUGUGGAACAAGGACAAGCACAUAGGAGAGGCACCUAUAUUCACAGGCAGUCAGUGAGUCCAGGCACUGAAUCUCACCUUCCUGACACUUGCUGUGAUUCCCUCAAGCCAUGAUCCCUGCUCUGAAGGACAGCUCUUGCCUUUUAAGCAAAGAAGAAAGGUUUUUAAGAACUGAAACCACAAUAAGAUAAAAUAGGAAUUAAUUUCUGCAAAGCCUUUAAUCAGUUAGUUAGUCUGGAGGGAGCAGCUUCCAUCUUUUUGACCUUUCCAUUUCUUUCUACGUUAGUCCCUGCCCUGUCUUGGAGACCUGCACACAUGUCACACUGAUAUCAGGAUGAGCAAGGCUCAGUAUGUCUGUGUGUGUGUCUGUAGGGACCCCAGAGGGUUCAUAUUUAAGAGAGUGGGAGAAAGAAAGGGACAGCUCUGAAACUAAAGGUAGCUCUAUGUUCUCUACUUAUCUGAAUGCUGCGGACUUGAAAGCCAGAGAGCAAAGGCAUCACAUGUGCCUGUUUCCAGCAUAAUUACUCAAAAUCUAGGUCAGUGUUUGCACUGUGUCGAGCAUUUAUGCUUGGGAAGGCUAUUGACUUGUCAUCACUGGGGGUGUGCUAAUAGAUCUCUGGCAAGUAUUACCAGUAAUCUGUUCACAGUAUCUUUGAUCUGAAGAUAUUUGAAUGUGUUGCAGUUGUCAUUAACUUGAGUUCGCAGCGCAGCUUUGUGAAAGCAGCUCCAUUUUGCAGAUGGGGAAGCCAAGGCAGGGAGUGAGCAUGAGCUAUUUCUGAUGGGAGGGCUGAGUCAUUGCCAGAGGUAAGGAUACGACCCCGGAGCAUCAAUAAAACCAGAAAAGCUCAUGGGGGUAAGGAAUAUGGGACAUGCGUUGCCUUCAUCCUACUACUGAAUACAGCUUUGCCAGUGGUUCUGGUUGGGUAUUGUGAAAGAUUUCUUCUCUGAAAGAAGUGGUGAUGCAGUGGCACAGCUGCCCAGGGAGGUGGUGGGGUCACCAUCCCUGGAGGUGUUCAGGAACCAUAGAGAUGUGGCACUGAGGGACGUGGUCAGUGGGCAUGGUGGGGGUGGGUUGGGCUUGGACUUGAUCGUAGAGGUCUUUUCUCUGAUUGUAUGGUAAUAAUAGACGAUAGAGGCCAAUGGGCUCAGUGUCAGCUGAGUUGGUUCCUCUCUUGGAGGAAAAAGGGACCAGUGAGAGAGACGGUGCUGUCCACGUGCUGCAGCCAUGUGGAGAACCAGGUGUUUAGAAGAGGAUGAAUGGGGGUACAGAAGAGCAAAGGCUGAGCACUGGCAUGCACAAGAUUGAUGGAAAUGCAAUGAGGAAGGCUGGUUUGAUUAGAAAUUGUUAUGCAACAGAGCUUGAAAGCUGUGGUGGCUGCUGAUUUUUCAAUGAACAGCACAGUGGGGCUGUGCCUGACCAGCAUGUGGUACGUGGGGUGGAGGGCUUGUUUGGUGAGCUAAUAGAGAAGCAGCAAAGGAGAAGCAGAUGGCAACAGCACUCCCUAGCCAGGCCAUCAACCACCAAGCCACUACAGCCUCAGGUGCAACUUAAUCCCAAAUUAGUGCUGUAUGGCUCCAGGCAUCCCACUGCUGUGUGUGUAAUUGAGGGAGGGCAGAGUCCUUUGUCUGGUAGUGCUCAUGUAAUAGUGACCACACUUAGCUGACAGCAACAGGAUUUAGAGGCCUGCGUGUUCCUCCUGGCUCCUGCUGGGCUUCACCUCCCUCCACUCCUCUCCCCACCAUUGCUCUCCCCAGCUCUAGGUUGAAUGUUCUAGCAGGAGUCCGCUUUGAGACUGGGACCAUCUCACCCAGAGGAAGCAUCUCACCCAGACUCACCCCUUCCCAGCCCACGCUCCAGCUGAGGUGGGAUGCUGAGUUGAUACGUACUGACACUGCCCAGUUUCAGUGCUCCAUAUCCUCACAUCUCCCACGUAUCCCGUAUGCCCUGCUCGUUAUCCUCAGGAACCCUUGGCUUGUGACCAUCUCACAACUGGUUCCAGGCUGUUUCCACAAAGCCAGGCGAAUCGUGGCAUUCAGAACUGGAAGCAGUGGCAGUUGCAGGACCUGGUUGUCAGGGAUAUUGUCACCAUGGAGCUGUUGCCAUGGUGCUGCCUGCUCACACUGACGGAGAGAUGCAAAGUAUGCUUAAUUUUUUGAAGAAAGGCGGAAGAAGGGGCAACCAUCGAUGAAGUGGAAACAGAUGUGGUGGAGAUAGAGGCAAAGCUUGACAAGCUGGUGAAGCUAUGCAGUGGGAUGAUUGAAGCAGGCAAAGCCUACAUCACCACAAACAAGCACUUUGUCAGCGGAGUCAGGGACUUGUCACAGCAGUGCAAGAAAGAUGAAAUGAUCUCGGAGUGCCUCGACAAAUUUGGGGACAGUCUGCAGGAAAUGAUCAACUAUCACAUGAUCCUGUUUGACCAGGCUCAAAGGUCUGUUCGGCAGCAGCUGCACAAUUUUGUGAAAGAUGACGUCCGGAAGUUCAAGGAAACCAAGAAACAGUUUGACAAGGUGAGAGAGGACAUGGAGAUUUCCCUGGUGAAGAACGCCCAGGCGCCUCGGCACAAACCCCAUGAAGUAGAGGAGGCAACAGGAACCCUGACGAUAACCAGAAAGUGUUUUCGGCACCUGGCCCUCGACUACGUGUUGCAGAUCAAUGUCCUGCAGGCCAAGAAGAAGUUUGAAAUACUGGAUGCGAUGCUGUCCUUCAUGCAUGCCCAGUACACCUUCUUCCAGCAGGGCUACAGUCUUCUCCAUGAGUUGGAUCCCUACAUGAAGAAGCUUGCCACAGAGCUGGACCAGCUGGUGAUUGAUUCUGCAGUGGAGAAGAGAGAGAUGGAGCAUAAGCAUGCAAUGAUACAGCAGAGGACCCUCCUGCAGGACUUUUCCUACGAUGACUCAAAGGUGGAGUUUAAUGUUGAUGCCCCAAAUGGAGUGGUGAUGGAAGGCUACCUCUUCAAGAGAGCCAGCAAUGCUUUCAAAACAUGGAAUCGGAGGUGGUUCUCCAUACAGAACAGCCAGCUGGUGUACCAGAAAAAACUUAAGGAUGUCCUCACGGUGGUGGUGGAAGACCUGAGGCUCUGUACUGUCAAGCCAUGUGAAGACAUAGAGAGGAGGUUCUGCUUUGAGGUUGUCUCGCCUACCAAGAGCUGCAUGCUGCAGGCUGACUCGGAGAAGCUGCGUCAGGCCUGGAUUCAGGCUGUUCAAGCCAGCAUCGCUUCUGCGUACCGGGAGAGUCCUGACAGCUACUAUAUUGAAAGACUGGACCGAACUGCUUCCCCAUCAACUAGCAGCAUUGAUUCUGCUACCGACUCACGGGACCGCAACGUGAAAGGGGAGACCAUCUUGCAAAGAGUGCAGAGCAUUCCUGGCAACGACCAGUGCUGUGACUGUGGUCAGCCAGAUCCCCGGUGGGCCAGCAUCAACCUGGGCAUUCUGCUGUGCAUUGAGUGCUCUGGUAUCCACAGGAGUCUGGGUGUCCACUGCUCCAAAGUCCGAUCUCUCACGCUGGACUCGUGGGAGCCAGAGUUACUGAAACUGAUGUGCGAGCUGGGGAACAGCACCAUGAAUCAGAUCUAUGAGGCACAGUGUGAAGAACUGGGGCUUAAGAAACCAACAGCAGGGAGCUCCAGGCAGGACAAGGAAGCCUGGAUCAAGGUGAAAUACGUGGAGAAGAAAUUCCUGAAGAAGCUACCAAGUGGGGAGGCUCUGGCAGAGAAUGAGCGCAAACCUCGACGCUGGUGUGUGAAGAAGUGCCAGAGGAACAACAGCACCACGAAAGCACCCACGGCUCGGAGGAAGUACCGCCACGAAGCAGGCAAUGCAUCACCAGCCAUGCUGUCAUCAGCAGCCACGCUGGAGAGGAAGUUCCGUCGAGAUUCCCUCUUCUGCCCUGAUGAACUGGACUCUCUCUUCUCCUACUUCGACACUGGUGCUGGCUCUGGCCCACGCAGUGCCAGCCACAUCUCUAUGCAGCAUCCGCUAACAGGUGGCCCAUGGAGUGGCAGUGGCAUUGGUCCCGGUGGGAGCGGUAUGCCGUUCCUCCUGGACGGAGGUCUGAGCAGUGACAGCGGGCUUGGAGGAAGCACAGAUGGCAGCACUGAUAUCCUGGUGUUUGGCUCUGUGGUGGACAGCGUGACAGAGGAAGAGUGCGAGGUGUCAGAGGAGUCAAGUGGAGAAGCAGAGAUUGAACAGGAGGCAUCAGAUCUGGAGGACCUGAGGGAGCUGCAUCCUGGCUUGCUGAUCUACAAGGCAGCACAGGCCCGAAACCUGCCGCUCAUGGCAGAAGCCCUGGCACAUGGUGCUGAGGUCAACUGGGUGAAUGAUGAAGACGAAAACAAAACUCCUCUGGUUCAAGCUGUGAUGGGGGGCUCCUUGAUAGCCUGUGAAUUCCUGCUGCAGAACGGGGCAGACGUUAACCAAAAAGAUAGCAGAGGCCGGGCUCCCUUGCAUCACGCCACCUAUAUGGGACAUACUGGCCAGGUCUGCUUGUUCCUCAAGCGAGGGGCAAACCAGCAUGCGGUGGACAGUGACGGGCAGGACCCGCUCAGUAUUGCAGUCCAGGCAGCCAACGCAGACAUUGUUACCUUGCUGCGUCUGGCUCGAAUGAAUGAGGAGAUGCGAGAAGCAGAGGGUCCCUUUGGACAACCAGGUCAAUAUCCCAGCAACAGCCCCACUGAGCUCCAGUACAAGAAGUGUAUACAGGAGUUCAUCAGCCUUAAUAUAGAUGAGUGUUAGUGACAACUUCCCCACCUCCCCUUUGCUGUCUUGAAGUGGGGCUGGAUUUCUGGAAGCCCCAAGAGCCCCAUCCUUGGUAUAUUGGUGUUUCUUGCAGAUUGGUCUGUUUUUGAUGCCUGAGCAUAUGGGUUGAAAUGCACGCAGGAAGGAAUGGGGUCUUUCCUCUUAGUGUGAAGUUCUCAUACUUGACUACUGGAUGGUUGAUUUUUGUGUAGGAGACUCUUGGGGCCUAACCACAGACCAUGACGUGUGGAUUUGUGUGUGUGGAAAGUAUGGGAGAUGAGUUUAGCAUUAAACAAACAAACAAACAAAAAACACAAAACAAACAAAAAAAAGGAAAGAAGAAAAGGAAACCCUCUAUCACCAGGAGAAGCCCAGCAACAAUACGAUCAGACGAACCUGUCAUGUCUCUCCUUCAGUGUAGUCACCGUGCACUGAAUUCUUGUCUGAACGAUUUGUUUGGCAGGGGGUUCUGAUGGGGAGCCCCCUCCUGGCAGUGUGCCCAGCAGCCUGCUUUCUCCUGGGAGUCUGCAGCACCUGCGAGCUGCUGGGACCAGUUUAGAAAACUCAGACGUGACCUCUCAGUCGGGAACGUGGUGUUUCAUGGGGUAGAUACUUCGCUCCAGAAGGCAAAACAGAAGGGGUAGAAUUGAGAGCGAUGGCUGCCCACCUUACUUGCUCUCAGGACUAUUACUAGCCACGCUCCCCUUUUUUUGGCCUUGGUGGUUAGCUGGUCAAAGCCAUAGCUCACCUGCUUUCUGGACCAAGAUGCAGUCUGCACAGUGGUGUGGAAGCAGCGAUGCUAAUCUUUUGAGGCUGGGAGAAGCUUGUCGCUGGCGAUGGGCUUUUUGUGUCAGGGAAGAAAAGCCAAGUCCAACUCCCAGUGCCAAAACGGCUGUCUGCACGAUGCCAUUUGGUUUGGUUUGUUUCCUAGUCAACGGAUUUCUGACUUUGCAUCUCUGUGAAGGAGACUUCUACCUGCAUGUGUAUCCCUCUGUGCUCACCCCGCAUGCUGAAGCAUGUGAGUAGGGCAUCUCAGCAGCUGGCCCAGGGACUCCUGAGUUUCCCAGUUCCAGUGGCCAGCACAGUCUUCUUUUGGUUUCUUUCCUUUCUGGUGUUAUUCUUUGCUGGAGUGGGAAUGUGUUUUGACUCGGAGCACUUUGUUGCUAAUGCUUAUGGUCUGUGUUACAGGGAUCACGCUGCAAUAGCUGUGCAGAGGUGCUGCUGCACCUGGUCCUGUCUCAAGUGGACAUACAGAACAUGUGUACCACUAGUAGAUUGUCCUCUGGCUGGGAAUUUGGAUGCCAAGCUGAGAUGUGCUCCUGUAAGAGCCACUUCAGCAUGCCCUCAAACUGCUGUAGACAUCAGUGUGUUUCAGGACCUGCGGGUGGCAACCCACAGUUGAUAUUUAGCCUGCCUGGGCACCUAGGCUGCUAGGUGUUGGGCCAUAGUGCCUUACAGAUAGUGCUGGGAUCCUGAGGGGGGUCAGGAUCUCACGAGGAACGCAAAAUACCAGGCAGAGUUCCCCAUCCUCCUGCAUUACAUCCGCAGUGAUACACAAUCGCACUGUUUUUCAUCCGAUACCUUUGACUUCUUUCCUUUCUUUGCCAACUGGCUGCUGUCUUGCUGCGGCCCUUGGUGGGUUCGGUCCUUCCAGGUUUAUUUCUAGGGGCGUAGGUCUGUCCUCAGGAGAACAACCAGCUCUUCGCUUGAGAAAGUACCCUCAGAGACUGAACCAGCUGCACUUGGACUCCACCCAUUGUGUGAAGGUGGAAAAACCAAGAAGCUCAGGCUCUGGUAGUUGUCUUCUCAGUUCAAGGGACAGUCCCCGCUUCCUUAGGAAAGUGCUGUCCCACAUUCUGCUUCAGACAGACUGCAGUUUUCUGUCUGUGCAAUCUGGCUUGAAAUUCUUCUUUCUCUUGGGGCUUUCUCAUUCUUGUUCCCUUUGGAGCUGGGAGAUGCCCAGUGCCACAGCCCCAGCUGUGUUGAGAACCUGAAAUAGUCCUAAUGAACACACUGAGCCUGCUGCAGAAUGGUGGCAAGGGGGAAUCUGGCCCCAGGGCCUUUCUUCCUUCCCUAAAUCACAAAAUUCACGAGCUUAGCCCCAUAUGCUUUCAUCACUCCACCUGUUCUGAGUGCUGUGUACUCAGCCCACUGCUGCUGGAUUUGGUCCCCAUUGGACACCCUCCCUGUGAGCUGAGCCUGCUUGUUCUGCAGCCAGCCUUCAGCAGGACUGUUGCCCCAUCAGCACUUCAAUGCUCAGAGCAGGACAGGAACCAGCGUGCAGCCAAAAAACUGCCUUUGCUGCUGGGGUUAGGAACUGAGAGACCUUCUCUAAUGAAUUCUCUUCGAUCCCAUCCCAUCUUGCGCUGAUCUGCAUCACUUUAGACGUUAGAGCUGAUGUGGUCUCCCCAAGUUGUGCUCUUUUCUUGAAGAAGGAGACCACACUUGCAUCAAAGGUGGCGUCUUUAGGGCACUUCAGAGAUGGUAAAAGCAGAAUCCACGUUUCACCACCACCACUGUCCUGCUCUGUCAAUGAAUUUCGGCACGGUUAUCAUCUAGCAACGUUUUUCACAUGCACAACAACUUAAAAGCACCCCAAUUGGUUUUCCAGCUUUUUACGAGAAGGUAGAAAUAGGACUGACCUUUCUGUAAGCCGACGAGGACUGGAGAUGUGGCUUCCAUUUUUGGGUCAUUUGAUUUCACAGUCAGCAUUAGUGACUCAUAAGAACAAUACAAAAAAUCAUGUACAGGUAGGUCCAAUGAAGCUCAGACUCACUGCUGAAGUACAUGAAGUUAAAACAUAUGUAAAUACUGAUGCAAAAAGCAGUGUCUUGCAAGACAAUUUAUUUAACAUGUAUUGGUACUUUAUUUAGAUUCAAUGUAUAAAGCGACUUUGUGCACUUUUCCUACAUACAGUAUUGGGGGGUUUUAUGUUCUUUUGUUAUGGGUUUUGUGCUGUCUUUUUUAAUCAGUGAAAUUGUUAAGUAUUUAAUUUAUUAUUGAUGUGCCCAGAGGACUAGUGCAAUUUUUAUUCAAUACAGUUUGUCUGUAUUUAACGUCAGGAUUUUUUUGUAGCAGUGUUAGGGAAUAUUUUUCAAAUCCUGCCUUUUUUCCCUACCGUUUUCCUUUCUCUCCCUCUCCCCCCCCCACACCUUUUCUCUUCUAUUUUCAUUAUACAGAUGGUGAGGCAUUAAAUGCCUCUAGUUUGUAAUAUAACCAAACACUUUAGUACGUCCUGCGGUUUCUAAAACAAAACAAGGUUCUCCAGGAAAAUAACGUUAAGGAGGCACUUCUCAA